AAAUCAGAUGUUUACAUUAUUCUAGCAAGCCAUUUAUAAAACGCGUGAAAUAUACAAAUAAAAACAAAUGGAAUAAUUUAGUUUGCAAUGAAAUAAAAUUAUAUUCAAAUUUGAUUUAACGUUAAGAAACAAAAAAAAAAUGAAAGUGGAAAAGACAUCAACAGCAGCGGGACAAAAGCAACAGGCGUUGCAACAGCAACAGCAACAACUACAGCAGCGCAAGACCUCGGUAUGGACCAGAGAAAAGAUAAAUCAAUUAAUUGAACUUUACAAAAAACACGAAUGUCUUUGGAAUCACUGGCAUGUAUCGUACAAAAGCAAAGAUAAACGUAAUAAGGCUAUAGAGGAUAUUUGCACGACACUGCAUGUUCCAAAAUUUGAGUUUGGCAAAAAGAUACACAAUCUACGCAACCAAUUCAAUACGGAAAUGAAAAAGUUGGAACAACGUAUAGAAGAGGCAGGUGUCAGCAUAGAUGAUGCCACUGCAAUGGAAUUACGUUGCAAGUGGAGUCACUUUGAGUCAUUAAUGUUUUUACGUCAUGUCAUCGAACCCAGACCGGGAGGUCAUCAAACCACAUUCCAACCAAAGAAAUUGCGUGUAAAAUUCGACAUUAAUAACUCUGAAGAUGACAUAAAUGUUACAACAGUUUUGGCCAGUAGUAGUGGCAGUAGCAACAAUACAAAUCCAGAAGACUUAACACAAUUUCAUUAUGAUGAUAACGUAACUGAAGAGGUGAUCACAGAUGAUUUUCAAUCUUUCGAAAAUGAAGUGAUAGAAGUUAAUCAAACAAACUGCCGAGAAGAAAUCUAUGAUCAAAAAUAUCAACCUCCACAACAACUGCCCAACAGUCAAGAAUUAUCUUCACGUAGUUUAGUAAAAUCUGCUGCUAAAAUAAAGUCUCAGCCUUCAUCAGCAUCCUCUUCUUCUCAAACGGAUGUUAUAAACAUUGAUGACGACUCAUCCAUCUUAGAAUUGAGUUCGAAUAAUUUAACUUCCCAUUCAAACAUUAUAACGGCAACAUCGUCCUCAUCUCCUUUGUUAUCAAUUCCCGUAGUAUCUUCAAUUUCUUCGACAAGUUCAUCGAAUAGACCAGCACAAAUUUUACGUGAUCAAUGGGAUGCUUUUGGUGAGUUAGUAGCGAAUGAAUUUCGUAAUUUUAAUUCAGAAGUUUCGCGUAAACGUCUCAAAAGAAAAAUCAUGCAGGCUAUGUUGGAGGUGGGGGAAGAGGACGAUCAUUUGAUGAGCAAUCGUUCAAGAAUAAAUUAAAUAUGCAAUUUUGUCAGUGUACAUAGUUUUAGGUUAAUAUAUUAACGGUUAUCAAAUUUAAGUUUCAGUAAAAAUUAAAUACUUAUGUAUAUUUCAAAAUA